AUGAAACGACAACUUGUUCCAAAGGGCCCACUAUCCCUCACUGGAACAGAUUCCAGCCAACAGAGGGGAGUCCAAAAGAGGGCAGGACCAUCUUGCGAUGCAUGCCGUACAAGGCGCACCAAGUGUGACGGGCUGAAGCCUGCUUGUUCGAGUUGCCAAAACCUCCAGAUUCAGUGUGCUUAUUCAGGAUACGACCGGAGAACGAAGGAGCAAUGGAAUGCCCGGAUUGUGGCACUCGAGCAGAGAAACCAAUACCUUGAGCGACUUGUCCAAAAUUUGUCCUGUAAUAACUCUCCGGAAGCCAUACAUAGGACUCUAGAGCUUGAACAGAUUCCUUCACAGCAGCAAACAAGACCUACGCUACAAACUCAUGAGAGCCUUGCUGAGGUCAGAGAUAUCACGCAGGUGUUUUACAACGCCACCGCUACUCAUCCAACGUUAGACAAUACCAAGAUAGCUUCGGCUUUCGAUGCAGGAGCCAGAUUAGCUGUACUGCCACAGGAGCAGUUUGCUUGGACUGCUUUAAACGCAUUCUUUCGCUGUGCCGGAACUUUGUUCUACAUUAUCACACGACAAGACGCAGAGUCGUUGCUUGAACGGGUGUAUUUGUCUGCAUUGAAUAUCGCCAGACGAGUUCCCAAAGCAGAUAUCACACGAGCUUCCACGGGCGAAUACUCUCUCAUCGAAUACAGAAGAGUACUACAAACAGUGAUAUUCCUGGAAGGAUGGCUCUCAUACUCGCUCGGUUACUUGUCUGAUGUGCAUGCAGACGAAGUCGAAUUAAUUCAUACCCUUCAAAGUCCAGGCCAGCUGGGCUUGGACCAUGAAAUUCGGACUGAUUACAAGAUCCAGACACAGAUGGCAAAAAUAAGCUUGGUCGCGUCCAAUAUUUACAAACAGAUCUGUGUACCUGAGCAGUGCUCGUGGGAAUAUGCAAAUACAAUAGCAACGCAUCUCGAUAACUUGUACCAAGAUCUUCCACCUGAGUUGCAUGUGUCUAUACUCCGCCAUUCGAACGGGAUGCUCACCUUCAUACAAGAAAAGUCAUUAUACCUCAUGCAUGCAUUCUUUCUCGACACUUAUCUCCUGCUAUACUGUCAUUAUAUCAAAGCACACUGGCAUGCACGUAGCCUGAACAAUGGGACUUGUAUCGCAGAUUUCUUCAACGAUAUGCCCAAACCAGCUUACGUUAAGUACACGCAAUAUGCUAUUCAACUUUCCCGCCUCAUAUCUCUUCUUCACGGUCAAGAGGCACUCAUGACACGAUGUUGGUUAGCAAUCCAAGCAACGUUUGAUGCAAGUAUAAUGCUGCUUAUUAGUGCUUGCCAAAAUUAUUACAGUCCAACUGGGAUGGAGGGUGUCGCGGAGUCCAUUGCAUAUGUUGACUCCUGUUUCACCGUGCUUCAAUUCUGUGGAUCUGCCGACGUUGCUGCUCAUCGCCUCCUUACUAGUCUACAACCUUUAUAUGACAAUGUCCGACGUAUGGUACUUGGCACUGGAGAGCCUCAGGGGUAUGAGCACAACAUCGAUAGGGUGACAACUAGAAGUGUCAUACAAAGCGAAACUGCAAGCCUUGGUGAUACUAUUCGUCGGUUACUCAACUUAUUAGUUUCUACCCAUCAAGUGUGGGUGUGA